CCAGAAUUAUACAAUAUAAUAAUCAAAUUCUCUGCUUUGCUGGCUAUUAUGGAUGCUCUUAACGCGUACGGAUCAGACUCGUCGGACUCGGAAGAGCGGGCAUUUGUCAGGCCAGUCGUUCGCCAGUACAUUGUCAACACAGCGCCCGACGUUGGCGGCCGCGAGCUUGUCGGCUACAUAGGCCACGACCAAAAGGAGCUCCAAUACAACGUCCCGUACAACGUCCUCUCACAGCCCCUGGCCGGCCCUCUAGAUGCAACCGGCUCGAUCGGUGCACCACCAACGUCUGGAAUCGAUCAGCAGGCAGUCAGCGAAGCAGCGUUCCGAAAGCAGGAGCGCAUGCUGCGCCAGCAAGGAGUCACAGUCGACCCGGGUGCCAGCAGCCCAGCCAGCAUCCAAAGGACCAAAAACAACCGCGCGCUUAAGCGCAAAGGCAAAGGCAAAGCCGGUGUUCUCGACGGCGACGACGCGUACUUGGGGCCAUGGGCCGGCUACGAUAACGAUACCAAGGGAGAGGCGCAUGGACCAACUGCCGAACAACUGGCCGAGUAUGAAGCCCAGGUCGCCGAUGACCAGACAGCCCCCGGUGGCCAGCCGCAGCGAGGACCGAAACGGACGCUGUACACGGAGGGCCAAAAGGAGCGCACAGCCUUCCACGGCACGUCCGAGCGCGACUACCAGGGCCGCACAUACAUGCACGUGCCAACCGACAUGGUGGCCAGUGACCAGACGUGCUUUGUCCCGAAGCGGCAGGUGCGCGAAUGGAAGGCGCACGUGGGCGGGGUCAGCGCGAUCCGGUUCAUCCCCGACUCGGGCCACCUGCUCCUGUCGAGCGGCAUGGACGGGCUGGUCAAGAUCUUCGACACGCACCGGUCGCGGUCGCUGCAGCGCACGUUUAUCGGCCACAGCAAGGCUGUGCGGGACAUCAAUUUUGCACCCGACGGCCAGUCGUUCCUGUCGUCAUCGUACGACAAGUACACGAAGUUAUGGGACACUGAGACAGGCCAGUGCAGACAGGCAUUCACCACAAACAAGACUCCCUACGUGGCCAAGUUCUACCCAGACGACCCGAAUGUGUUCCUGGUCGGCCAGGGCGACAAGAAGAUUGCGCAGUGGGACAUCCGCUCGAAUUCGGUGGUGCAGGAGUACGACCAGCAUCUGGGCGCGGUCAACUCGAUUACAUUUGUCGACUCGAACCGGCGGUUCAUCUCGUCCUCGGACGACAAGAGCAUGCGUGUGUGGGAGUAUGGAAUCCCCGUCGUCAUCAAGCUCAUUGCCGACCCCGCCAUGCACUCGGUGCCGGCUGUCGCCGCGCACCCGGCGGGCAAAUGGGUGGCGGGCCAGAGCAUGGACAACAGGAUUGUGGUGGUUAACGUCGGCGAGAAAAUCAAGAUCAACCGCAAAAAGUCCUUCGAGGGCCAUCUGACUGCCGGAUAUGCGUGCCAGCCGGCGUUCUCGCACGACGGAAAGUACGUGGUCUCGGGCGAUUCCGAGGGUGGCGUGUGGUGCUGGGACUGGAAGUCGGCCAGGGUGGUGGACAAGUGGAAGGCCCAUGACAAGGUCACCAUUGGGUGCGCGUGGCACCCGCGCGAGUCGUCAAAGGUUGCGACGUGCUCGUGGGAUGGGUCGAUAAAGUACUGGGAUUAAGAAAAUACAGUGGCAUAUGUGGCUGCAAGGGCUCCCCCUCCUCUCUGCGCUUAUUGCGGUUACUGCACGGGCAUGUAUGUUGUCAAUGUAUUUGGUUCAGUAAAUACCAGUC